AUGAAAGAGGAGGUGGAAACGGGCGUCAGGUUCAUCGCUCGCCUGGUGAACCGGCACGACAAAUUCGCCAAGGGACAGGUGAAGCGCUUCGGGGAGAGCCUGGUCACGGUUCUGUGCGAGCGGUUCAGCGAACACUGGUACCCCGAGAACCCCCUCAAAGGACAGGCGUACAGGUGCAUCCGGAUCAACACGUGGCAAAAAGUGGACGAUUCCCUCCUGAAAGCUUGCACGGACUGUGGACUGGAAUACUCGGAACUGGCAUUGCCCCGGGAAGUCUCAAUCUGGAUCGACCCUGGCGAGGUUUGCUGCCGGCUCGGCGAGAACAACCAUUAUUUCAAGGUCAAUGAUGAAGAGAAAAGCAGCGGCAAAGCCUCGCCAGAGCUGGAGACGUCCGACUACCAUUCUGAAUCUCCCUCCGAGUGCUCGUCGGAGGACGAGGGCCCGGGUAAACCAGCAGCGGCAAUGCCAGCGCCGAGCAAAAAUCAGCCUGCGGGAAGUAGUUGUACCAAACAGGCGCCGCAGUAUUUCUACAUGCCGUCUCCUCUCUGGGUCCCGUGUCCCCAGCCCUUGGUCAACUACAUCCCGGCCUUCCCACCCGCCGUCACCUUCUACUAUGUCGACGUGGCCCCGAAACCCUCAGUUCGCAGGAAACCCAACCCGAACCUCGUGAAGCGGCUCACCAACCGGGCAUCCAAAGCGUGA